AUAAAAGAAAACAGUUCUGAAGAGUGUCUAGAAAUUGGAAACUGACCCAAAAAGGAGGAAACAAACAGAAAUGGGGUGGUUUGGGGUUCAGAGCUCCUCCAUUCUGGUGGCUGUUUCUAUGAUAUUUUCAUGGAUGUAUCUGGGGAACACUACAGUGAAUGUCCAUGGGAAAACAAGCAGAAACAAGAUGCUGAAAAUGGGAAAAUGUGAUAUAUAUGAAGGGAGUUGGGUGGUGGAUGAGACAUAUCCAAUGUAUAAUUCUUCAUCGUGCCCUUACAUUCGAAAAGAAUUCAACUGCCAGAAGUAUGGACGCCCAGAUCAGCUCUACCUCCAAUAUAGAUGGCAGCCCAGGGACUGUGACUUGCCUGGAUUCGAUGGAAAAGAUUUCUUGAGGAGAUUUAAGGGAAAGAAAAUAAUGUAUAUAGGGGAUUCAUUGAGUCUAAAUCAUUGGCAAUCAAUGGUUUGCCUUCUUCAUGUUGAUGUUUCUGAUCAAUCCAGAAUUUUACAAGAGACAAAUGACACUAUUUCUACAUUUAUUUUCCAGGAUUAUGAUUUGUCAGUGAUGUUAUUUCACUCUCAAUACUUAGUAGACAUUGAAAAUGAACAAAAUUGUCGAAUUUUGAAACUCGAUUCACUUAAGAAUGGUGAAAUAUGGAAGAAUAUCGACAUCUUAGUCUUCAAUACAUGGCUUUGGUGGUACCGCACAGGCCCUAAACAACCGUGGGAUUAUAUUCAAGACGGUGAUAACAUACUAAAGGACAUGGAUCGAAUGUUAGCUUUCCGAAAAGGUUUAAUGACUUGGGCUAAAUGGGUCGAUUUAGAGGUGGAUUUAACAAAAACUCAAGUUUUUUUUCAAGGAAUUUCUCCUUCCCAUUACAAUGGCAAGGAAUGGGGCAAGCCGGGAGUUACAAAUUGCUCAAAGGAGACACAACCCAUAAGUGGAUCCACAUACCCAGCUGGUUUACCCCCUGCAAGUCAUGUACUAGAAGAAGUCUUAGGCAGUAUGACAAAACCCAUUCAUUUGCUUAAUGUAACAAAUCUCUCCCAAUUAAGGAAAGAUGCACAUCCUAGUACGUACAAUGGGCUUGGGAACAUGGACUGUACACACUGGUGUCUCCCUGGACUCCUUGAUACUUGGAAUCAACUUCUGUACACCACUCUCAUCAGUUGAAACAAAAGUAACAUACAUUGGUUACAUGUAGAUGUAAAAUUAAUGGGUUGGGCUCACUUUGGACUCGCCCUAUGAAAGAGUAUUGUACUAGGGGCCCUUGAGACAUCCCAGGCCCUGAUUCUUACCCGGGCUCCAUUAUGGGCUUUGAAGUGGGCCUAAUU